CCGCCUCGCACGCCACUGCGUACCGUGACUGCGUUAGCGCACGCGCACGCGAUAACCCCCCACCUCGUCUCCAACAACACGUGCUCCAAUAACUGUGUUCACCUGAUGAUAACCCACUGAACAAAAUGCAAGAGCAAAGCACUUCCCGAGCGAACAAGACAACUCUCAAUUCAUUGGAAAGCGCUAUUAUCAAAUUGAAGAACAAUCUACAGAUACAGGAUAACAAGUCUACAGAUAUGACCGGGCUAUUGAGCAUCGACGCUUCGUCUGAUGAUACAAAAAACAAUACAAGUAAGGGAACAACUUCAUCUUCUACUACAAAUAUUAAUCUAUCUAUUGCAUCCGCUGCGUUGUUACAAGAAAAUAUGUUGCAACGUUCUUUACAAGGAGUAGUUAUAUCGCUUCAAAAUGCGAUGAUGAAUUCGUUGCAACAAGCGGCUCUCUUGCCGUCAAAUUCAGCAGCCGCUGCAGCCUUAAAUUUACAAGCUUUAGAAUCAUAUUUAACUUUACAACGCCUUACCACAGUGUCAUCUGUUAAUAGUAAUACACAACUAAAUACCAGUGAAAGCAAUACAUCUACAAAGCAAGAUAUACUAAGGCUAGCGACGGCAAGUGCUAAGAUAACUGAAACAGAUGUAUCCGAAAGUACGUCGACGGUAAUUUCGCCUAAAACUCCCGAAGAAUAUCCAUUGUCUGACGCUAUAGCGGCAGAGGAUGUGGAUUUAUCAGAGGAAGUGGAAGAAGACUUAGCACUACUUGACAAUGAAGACGAAUUCACAUUGGAGCAGCAUUUAGAAUCAACAUCGAAAGGUUAUUGUUAUAAUUCAUCACAGAACCUAGAUAACGGGUAUCCAAGUCUACUAAUGAAUGCAAUGUACCAACAACAAAUGACUGGGAGUCCUUCUCAGCCACCUCUUUCACCUCAACCAUCUAAUUCAUCUAGUUCAAAAUCAACCAAUAGUUCAACCUCUUCAACAGGCAGCAGCAUAUCGAAUAAGCAGAAAGCCACAAGCAGCGGUCCUAGGACAAAAAAACAGUUUAUAUGUAAAUUUUGUAAUCGACAGUUCACAAAAUCAUAUAAUCUUCUUAUACAUGAAAGAACCCAUACGGACGAGCGACCGUACUCAUGUGACAUUUGUGGAAAGGCUUUCCGACGGCAAGAUCACCUCAGAGAUCACAGAUACAUACAUUCAAAAGAGAAGCCGUUCAAGUGCCUGGAAUGCGGAAAAGGUUUCUGCCAAUCAAGAACGUUAGCAGUACAUAAAAUUUUACACAUGGAAGAGUCUCCUCAUAAAUGUCCUGUGUGUAGUAGGAGCUUUAAUCAAAGGUCGAAUCUUAAGACCCAUCUCUUGACUCACACAGACAUUAAGCCUUACAAUUGUACCUCAUGUGGAAAAGUUUUUAGACGCAACUGUGACUUAAGACGUCACAGCCUAACGCACAAUUUAGUUAGUAUAUCAUCAGUAAAUACAUCACCUAGCGGAAUUAAUGAAAAAAGUCCUUUAUUAAAUCCUAAUUAUCCUAUUGAUAAUUUAGAUACCGAAGAGGAGAAUUAAUAAUUGAUUUAUUUAGUGAAUGUGUUAAAUAAUAAGACUGAUAAUCUUCCAGUGCCUUCUUAAUAUUAAGUGACGGAACAAGAUCUUGUAUAAGAUGUACC